AUGUACGGACAGUCCCAGCCCAUGAAUGUUUCAGCUCCGAUCUCCGACUCCGGCACCGACGUAUGUGACGAUGUUUCAGCCUCGGCGUCCGUUGAUAACCACCAAAACAUUGGUUACGACGCUCAUCCUCUCGACAACGGCAUCGGAGUUGAAGGCGUCGCCACCGAUCCUAUGUAUGCCACAGCCGCAGUUGCUUCAGCCUCUGACUUAGCUAUCGUUCAGCGAGCCGACGAUGCAAGCCAGCUCACUCUCUCGUUUCGCGGUCAGGUCUAUGUAUUCGAUGAAAUUACUCCGGAUAAGUUCCACGCCGUGUUAUUACUGCUAGGGGGAUGUGAACUGACUUCAGGUCCCCAUGGUGUUGAAAUGUCAUCUCAGAACCUACGGGGUGGUUUGGACUUUCCGAGAUCUAAUCAACCACACAGGGCAGCUUCGUUAGAUAGGUUUCGUCAGAAGAGGAAAGAGCGAUGCUUUGUUAAGAAAGUCAGAUAUGGUGUUCGCCAGGAAGUUGCUCUUAGGAUGCAGCGUGAUAAGGGCCAAUUUACAUCUUCCAAGAAGUCUGAUGGAACUAAGAACUCGGCUACUCAGGAUAAUGAUAAACUAUCAGAUACUUCGUGUACUCAUUGUGGCAUCAGUUCAAAUUCCACCCCAAUGAUGCGACGUGGACCAUCUGGUCCGAGGUCUUUGUGCAAUGCUUGUGGACUUUUUUGGGCAAAUAAGGGUACUUUGAGGGAUAUUCCCAAGAAAACUCGGGAUCAUUCCCUGACUCUAGUUGAGCACAGAGAUAAUGAAGCAAAUGGCUCAGAUCCUGGAACCGCUAUUCCUACUACACAAAGCAUUGUAGUUCCUUUCUCAAAUGGUGAUGGCUCUGCGCUAAUUGCUGAUCACUAAUUGUCUGUGCUAAUAUGGCCAUUGUUUCAGGUGGAUCUUGAUUAAAUUGAACUGCUUGAACCACUUGGUGUACGAGGCAGGUACUCGGUAAUAGGGGAAAUAGAUGAAGGGCAUAUCAUCCAAUAGCCUAUAUAACCAAGCAGAGGAAUACCUUCAAUUUUUCAAUGCUCAAAUUGUGAAGAUCAGCAAUGCAAGUCUGCACUUUCAGAUAGUUGUUGAAAAGCAGCAAUGGUCAUCAGCUUUUUCUGAUCAGGCAAUGAUUGUAUUGUGACAGUGGGCUCGGUUCCUACUCAAAGCCUUCAAACGAUCCGAUUCCGUUAUGUAUGGAUCUAUUACUGAAUCCUAUUCAAUUCCUCAAUGAAUUUGGAUCCGCUAGAAGAGU